CGCUUUUGCUAAUCCGAUUUCUUCCAUCUUCUUCGGGACGAGCUUAUCGUCUCCCUCCGCCAAUGGCUUCUCUUCUCAAUCUUUUCAAAUCAUGUAGACCCUUUACUCCAAUUGGACUCCCUUCCCGCCUCAGAAUCCAAUUCCCCCUCAGACCCGGAAAGCUAACUCAACCCCGUCGCUCUUUCACUCCUCACUCAUCAUCAAAAAACAAUGGAGAUUCCACUCCCAGCGCGAAGGACCUUUGGCUGCACAACACGAUGAGCAGGAAGAAAGAGCUGUUCAAGCCCAAGGUGGAAGGCCAAGUUGGGAUGUACGUCUGCGGCGUCACUGCUUACGAUCUCAGCCACAUUGGUCACGCUCGCGUCUACGUCACCUUCGAUGUUCUCUUCAGGUACCUUAAGCAUCUAGGAUAUCAAGUCUCUUAUGUCCGAAACUUCACUGAUGUUGAUGAUAAGAUAAUUGCUAGAGCCAAUGAGUUAGGGGAAGAUCCAAUCAGUUUGAGCAGACGUUUCUGCGAGGAAUUUAACCGAGAUAUGGAACAGCUUCAGUGUUUAGAUCCUUCUGUCCAGCCACGCGUCUCUGAUCACAUACCUCAGAUCAUAGACCUCAUCAACCAGAUUCUUGAUAAUGGCUACGCCUACGAAGUUGAUGGAGACGUGUACUUCUCAGUCGACAAGUCCCCAACGUACGGAAAAUUGUCUGGGAGAAAACUUGAAGAUAACCGUGCAGGAGAGAGAGUGGCGGUUGACACAAGGAAGAGACAUCCUGCUGAUUUUGUUCUCUGGAAAACUGCAAAAGAAGGGGAAGUGUCUUGGGAGAGCCCCUGGGGAAGAGGAAGGCCUGGUUGGCACAUUGAAUGCAGUGCUAUGAGUGCGGCUUAUCUAGGCUAUAGUUUUGACAUACAUGGUGGAGGGAUGGAUCUUGUGUUCCCUCACCAUGAAAAUGAAAUUGCUCAGAGCUGUGCUGCUUGUGAUAGCAGUGACAUCAGCUAUUGGAUUCAUAAUGGUUUUGUUACUGUUGACUCUGAGAAGAUGUCUAAAUCUUUGGGGAACUUCUUCACUAUCAGACAGGUUAUAGAUCUUUAUCAUCCUUUAGCUCUGAGACUUUUUCUAAUGGGAACUCAUUAUCGGUCUCCUAUCAAUUACUCUGACUUCCUCCUCGAGAGUGCUUCUGAACGUGUGUUUUAUAUUUAUCAGACAUUACACGACUGUGAAAGCGUUUUAGGCGAGAAAGAUUCAACGUUUGACAAUGGUUCAGUUCCUUCAGACACUUUGACAAGCAUCAGCACUUUCCGCAGUGAAUUCAUUGCCUCGAUGUCUGAUGAUCUUCUUACACCUGUAACUCUGGCUGCAAUGUCAGAACCAUUGAAAACCAUCAACGAUCUCAUUCACACCCGAAAGGGGAAAAAACAACCAAGAAGAGAAGAAUCACUUAAGGCUCUAGAGGCAUCAGUCAGAGAAGUUCUUACUAUUUUGGGGCUUAUGCCAACAAGUUACUCUGAGGUUCUUGAGCAGCUAAAAGAGAAGGCACUAAAGCGAGCUGGAUUGAAUGAGGAAGAUGUGUUGCAGAGAGUGAAGGAGAGGACAGACGCAAGGAAGAAUAAAGAAUACGAAAGGUCUGAUGAAAUUAGGAAAGAGUUGGCAAAUGUUGGGAUUGCUUUGAUGGAUAGUCCUGAGGGAACAGCUUGGAGACCAGCCAUUCCUCUUGCCCUUCAAGAACCUUCAACUACAACUUGAGCGCUUUAAACUAUAUACUAUAAUCUCUGUUCUUUUGGUUUUAGUGGGUUGCGUUCUGUGUAUUUUUUUGUAUCAUUUUUGUUGAUUUCGUCUUAAGAUUAUAAAGAGUAACAGUGGAUUCUUGUUUUACUAUAAUUUUUCUUU